GUGUCAGACUGAGUGAACACAUUCACCUCAUUCCUCCCUGACAGCAGGAGAGACAGCAAAGCAAAAUGAGUAAAUCUAGACGCAGCCACAGAAGAAAAGGUCAGAAACCGAAGGAUCUAAACAGCAGUCACCCAUCACAUGAACAAAACGAACGUCAACCCAGACACAGUUUGAACAACAUGAAAGAAUUUGGACAGACACUUGGAAAGGCAAGAUCUGCUCUGAACCAUCAAAUGGAAGAACUGAAAUCAGUUAUAGACAGUUUCACUGAGAUGGAGGAAUUUUACAAAAAGAACCUCCAUGACGCAGGAUCUGCUCUGAAACAAUAUGAGGAAGAACUGAAAUCAGUCAAAGACAGUAUGACUGAGAUGGAAAAAUUUUACCAACUGUACCUCCGUGAGGCAAAUUUGGCUGAGAUGGAAGCAUUUUACAAAGAGAAACUUAACAAAGCAAGAUCUGCUGUGAAAGAAAUAGAGGAAGAAUUCAAGUCUUUUAAAAACAGAGUUGCAGACGAAGUCACUCCUUCAAUAAAGACAGGAAACACUGAGAGCAUGAACAGCCCAGUCAGUAAAACCAAACUGACAGAGAUGUAUGAUGAUCUGAGACUGUGCCAGUGGCCUAAAAUCAAAGAUCAGCUGAAAUCUGAACAAACAGAUGUAGAGCAGGUCAAACCUCGGAUUCAGAGCCAGUUUAAAGAAGCAGCAGAUCAAAUGGAGACAAAGAAGCAGCAGAUAGAUGAGGUGUUCAGACUGAUUGAAAACAACAGUGGACUAACUCCUCAGAAGGUUGAAGAGUUGAGACGAUCAGCGAUACAGAGUCUUCAGCUAGAAGUGUACCACAGCAGGACAGAUGAUAAGACUCCUGUUCCUCAACAUGGAGGUCACUACCUCCAGAAAAUCAUGGAGAAGUUCAGACUUGAAUGCUCCUGGUUGGGUUGCUUGAUGGCUUUAAACAAUCCUCCUCUUCAGCCGGACUGGGAGAAUCAUGUUCCUGGGAUGGAUGAGUGGGACAUUUUCCCAAAAAAGAUCAGAGCUGUUUCUGCUGUGUAGAGAAGGCAAAGCUAGUUAUCUGAAGUUAGAAGCUCUUUGCUUUUGUCAUGGAACACAAACCAAAACCUGCAACCUGACUUUGUUUGAUUUCUGAAUAAUGUCUGAGUAAUUUUAACAUUUUACACAUUUUACCCCAAAACACUUUUCAGCUUUGUUAACAAGAAUCACAAUGUUCAACUGAAAUUUGAAGUAUUUUUAUUUUUAUCCCAGCAGCUUAGAGAUGGCAGUUCAGCUUGAAUGAGCUUGAAAUUAGUUAUUGGUAAGAGUAUUUGUAAAAUUGAUUCAAAUUUCUGUUUUUAUAAUCACAUUCAAUAAAAUUCAUUUAGAGGUACAGAGAAUGGUGCUACAGAAUAGUAU